GUCAAAAGUAAUGCAAAGAGACAGUAUUGUUGUUGCUGUUGGGUAUCUAGAUCCCGUCAGCAGCUCCAGCUGUCAAACGGGUAGAGAGAAUCAGGGCACAAAACUCAACUGCAGCUCGCCUGCAGGAACCCCAACCACAAAAGCAGAACCAGCACAACAUGGUCGCUCGGCCAGUCAGAUGAAUCAUGCACAGGCCAAUCUUCCACCCGAUGACGUUCCACGGAUCGGCCCCCCGUUGGCCGCGGUGAAGGAUGCAGGGGAGAAGAGGGUAGGUAAAGUUGUGGUUCAGGUACCCAGACCCGACAGACCCUCUGCAUAGACCUAUCAAAGACCCCAAUGGAUGAAUAUCGCCAAGAUGAAACACUUUCGUUUUUGUUCUUUUUGCUUUUUUUCCUUUUCCUUUUCUGCUUUUGUGUUUGGUACCUUUUUUUUCUCUCUCUAUUUGUUAUUGUUCUUUGACUGGAUCCCCGUUCCUGGGCGUUUCGCCUGGUGGAAGGAAGGAAGCCCAGCCCUAAUGUACCCAGUCAUUCCUUUGUCAUUUGACACCUGCUGAACAAUUACCUGUGCCGUGCACGGUUCUGUUCAUCCAUUCCUUAUCCUAAGCGCUACUUGAGUUCCAAGUAGCCAUACCACUACCUCCUAAGAACUCGAGAACCGGUCUUCUCAGUCUAUC